AUGGAGUCUUUUGGAGCUCUCAAGCGGCGGACGACCGAGAUACUACAGUCUCUCCCGCAGAACCUACCCAAUAUGCCCAAUGUCAAGAGGCCGUCUCUGUCCAGCGGCACCGGCCCCAAGCCCAUGAAGGGCACAUGGGAACGAAUCGACGUCCCGCCUCUCGCCCGCUCCUCCCACACUGUCAACGUCGUCAACGGCUCCGCCUACGUCUUCGGCGGCGAGGUCAACCCCCGCGAACCCGUCGACAACGACGUCCACGUUAUCAGGCUUCCCUAUAACAGCGCUGGUGCCGACUACUACAAGAUCAAGUCUGCCCCGGCAAAGCAGUAUACCCCGCCCGCCGACUCCGAGCCCACCACGACGCAGACGGAGGAGAAGAUUGACGACGAGAAGCCCGAGGCGUCCGGCGACGACGUCGAGGAGAAAGCCGCUCUGAAGGAACAGCUCCUCGACGAGGUGUCUCUCGCCUCACCAGGCGUCGCUGGAGAAGAAGGAGAAGAAUACUCGUCCCUCGGAGCUGGCGAGCAAACCACAAGUGCGGCCACGGCGGCAGACAAAGGCAAGGGCCCCGCCCUACCCGAACCCCCCGUCCUCGGCGACGUCCCGGGCCCCCGCGUCGGCCAUGCCACCGCCGUCAUCGGCAGCCGCAUCUUCCUCUACGGCGGCCGUGGCGGCUUAGACAUGACACCCCUCGAGGAGGCCGGCCGCGUCUGGGUCUUUGACACCCGCACAAACUCAUGGUCCUUCCUCGACCCCGUACCGCCCGCCCCCGGCGUCACCAACCUCCCCAUGCCCUCCCCGCGCAGCUACCACUCCGCCGCCGCCACUGACCGCCCGCGCGACUUCGCCCCCAAGCACGCCCGCGCAAAGCAGACCUGGCGGGCCUGGGCCCAGGGCGACAGCGCCGACGUCGGCAUCCCCCAGGCGCCCAUCGUAGGCCACGCUGCGACCAACGCCACGGACGAGGAGGACGACGGCUACGGCACCUUCUUCGUUCACGCAGGCUGCCUCGCCAACGGGGAACGCACAAACGACCUCUGGGCCUUUGACGUGCGGAGCCGGGUGUGGAGCCAGCUACCAUCGGCGCCCGGCCCCGCGCGUGGCGGCGCCGCCAUCACCGUCAGCAAGAGCCGGCUGUUCCGCUUCGGCGGGUACGACGGCAAGGGCGAAAUCGGCGGCCAGCUCGACUUCAUCCACCUCGAGAUGGACACCUUUGACGACGGCGUCUCCAAGGGCGAGAUCGCCGUCCACGGCCGCGGCGGCUGGCAGAGCAUCGCCAAGGGCGCGGGCGCAACUCCCGGUGCCGGUGCCGGUGAGCAGGAGAUCCACCUCGUCCCGGGCCAAACAUGGCCCGGCCACCGCAGCGUAGCGGGCCUCGAGGCCGUCACCGUCGGCGCAGGCCGGGAGUACCUCCUCCUCAUCAUGGGCGAGCGCGAGCCCAGCGCGGACGGCCAUGCCGGCGCCGGCGCAAUGUGGGACGACGUGUGGGCGUUCCAGAUCCCGCCGCUCGGCAUGACGGCCGCCAGCGUGCGCGACGCCAUGUUGCAGGCCAUUGGCCGUCCCACGGGCGAGGGCAAGUGGACGAGGCUGUCGAUGGAGCCGUACGACGACGAUAACGACGACGGCGAGCCCGCGCCGCGCGGCUGGUUUGCGGCGGCGGCGAUGGGAGACGUGGAGGAGGCUGGCGUCGUUGUCUGGGGAGGAUUGAGCUCCGAAAACAAGAGAUUGCGAGACGGCUGGAUCUUGAGAAUCCCCGAGUGA